CAGUGAUGCGCAUCUUGUGAUUCUUGUUCUACUGGUGCUUCAGAUCCAGAUGGGCCAUGCAGAUGCCAGUGCGGAAGGUGAUCUUGCCCUUGGGUUGGACGAUGUGCAGCUUGGAGAAGAUGCGGCCAGCGUCAGGGAUCCUGAGACUUCAGCACAAUGUCUUACCAAGAGCAGCAGUGCAAGCAGCCCUGCCAGCCUCCUCCUGUGUGCCCACCCGCAAAGUGCCCAGAGCCUUGUCCUCCUCCAAAGUGCCCAGAGCCUUGUCUUCCUCCAAAGUGUCCUGAGCCUUGUCCUCCUCCAAAGUGCCCUGAGCCUUGCCCUCCUCCAAAGUGCCCUGAGCCUUGCCCUCCUCCCCCAUGCCAGCAGAAAUGUCCUCCUGUGCAACCUUCUCCACCAUGUCAGCAGAAGUGCCCACCCAAGAGCAAGUGAGGGAUGGUUUCAGCAGCAUCGGGAACAAGAGAAGAGAAGUGAAUGUUUCUCCUCUACCUCCAGAGCAACACGCCCAUGUUUUCUUCAAUGUCUGUCAUGGAUGCAGAAGAAUAUUCUCCACCUUUCAGCCAUCUCCAUAUGCCAGUGAUGAUCUCUGACAGGAAAGAAAUUUGCUUGUCCCUAUAUUCUUGCUUUUGUCAAGAUGCUGCUGAGAAUGGAUCUUCUUCAGUGGCCCAAUAGGACAAGUUUCAAAAAUCUCUGUGACUUAGGCAGACUAUUUUCAGUGUUGUUUAAUUUUCUGAAUAAAGUACUAUGUUGUUGA